AUGGCGCCAAGGCGAAAGAUGGGUUGGGUUGUCAACUCAGGAGAUGUGUUAUAUACCUGGCCAGGUGGGUUGGGUUUAUCCACUCAGAUGUGUUAUGUCCUGGCCAGGUCUGAGGCGAAUGACCUUGCUCUGAGAUUGGCCAAAUCCUACACAAAGAGACAGGACAUCAUGGUUGUUGAUCGCUCUUACCAUGGAAACCUGGAAAGUUUAAUGGAUAUCAGUCCAGUCAAAUUCAAACGAAAAACAAGUGAGAAAAAAGAUUGGGUGCAUGUGGUCCCAUGUCCAGAUGUCUACAGAGGAAUGUUCAGGGAAGAUACGCCAGAUGUGGGAUUGCGAUAUGCCAAUGAGGCUUUGCAUGUUUUACAGAAAGCACAUGAAAAAGGAAGACCAGUUGCAGCCUUCAUAAGCGAACCAGCUCUGAGUCUGUGUGGUGUAAUAAUUCCUCCAGCUAACUACCUGAGAACUGUUUACAGAGCAGUGAGAGAGGCAGGUGGCCUUUGUAUAGCUGAUGAGGUUCAAGUUGGACUGGGCAGGACAGGUGAACACUUCUGGGCCUUUCAGUCACAAGAUGUCAUCCCAGACAUUGUAACUGUUGGCAAGCCUUUGGGAAAUGGACACCCUAUGGCAGUUGUUGUGACAACCAAGGAAAUAGCUGACAGCUUGGAUGACUUCUCAAGCACAUUUGGAGGUAACCCUGUAGCCUGUGCUGUGGGGCUGGCUGUCCUAGACGUGAUCAAGAAUGAGAAGUUAAUGUCUAGUGCUAUGUCAGUGGGCAAGUGCUUGAUGGAAGGAUUCCGUGCUAUUCUCCCCAGUCACCCAAUGAUGGGGGAUGUAAGGGGGAUGGGAAUGCUGGUCGGUAUCGAAAUUGUCAAGGACAAAAUUAGUCGAAAACCUGCCAAAGAAGCUGCUGAAAUUUUAGCAUACAAAAUGAAAGAGGAGAAGAUAAUCGUGGCGUAUGAGGGACCAGAAAGGAACGUAAUUUUCCUCACUCCUCCUAUGUGCUUCACGUGUGACAACGCCCGCCGGCUGGUCCAGACCUUCCACAGGGUUCUGGAGACAAUAGAGCGCGGGGCACUGAGUGCUGGCUUGACCACCCUGGAGCCCGGCCACAAGCCUGUGGAUGAGCCCCUGGACGUACCCAUACAUGUUUUGUCAGAGGUAGAGGAGACCCCGCUUUGUAUGGAGGAGGAUGAUAGUGAGGAUGGGCAACCGCGCUCCAAGCACGCCCGCUACGAGGAAAUGGAUUGAUGCAAAUCCGAUCUCUCUUGCUAUCGACAGUGUAUGUGAUAUUUAUAGGUAUAUGUAUAUAUAGGCUGGUACUAAGCUAUACCAUAGUCCUACUUGACUGGCUAAGCUCUGGUUCUUUCAUAUAGCCCCAAGCAUUAUACAUGCAGCUGAUGUGUAGUGGUAUGCUCACGAAUCACCACUGAGUUUGGGAAAAGUGAACUUAUAAAAUAGCAAAACAUAAAAUGCAUACAAGCAAUGCGUUAACAAAUUUGUUCAGAAUGCUGUUUCCUGAUUUUGAUUAUGUUUGAAAAUGGCAUACACAUCGAAGCGUUCAAAUGAUAUGUGUACAUCUGCAGGAUGUUGGGAGUUGACAGAUUGUUCGUGUAGGGUUCUACCUCCAACACCAAGGUCACCUUUUGGUUGUAAUUGAUUUCUUGGAUGAGUGUGGAUUUCUACAACUGUUCACCUGUAUUCAUGACACUGUUGAACUUCUCAUCUCUGCCAGCCAUCACUGCUACACGUACAUCUAAAUAGUUGUUGACAUGAUUCAUACAAGAACAAUAAGUCUAUGGUGUUUAGACAUCUAGUUGAGACGUAUCUGACUGUUCCAUGUAUCUGAUGUUAGGCCUGCCCGUAUUGACUGUCUUUAUACUUUGAAUGUCAUUUGCACCAUCCUCAUCCAUUCACCAAACAGUGAGUAACUCUGUAUUCACCAAACAGUGAGUAAUUCACCAAGCAAGGAGUAACUCUAUUCAUCAAACAAUGAGUAACUCAGUGAGUAAGUAUGGUAUUCGCCACAGAGUGAGUAACUCUAUUCACCUAUCAGAGAGUAACUCCGGUAUUCACCAGACAGUGACUAUCUCUGUAUUCAGCAAACUCACAGUGUUAACCCAUCAUGUAAACAUGUACAAUGUGCAAAGUCUCUUCUGUUAUGUCUGUGUGAGAAUCAAUGUUAAAUUGUAUCUCAAGAAGUACUGUUUGUAUUGAGAUCUGGUUUGGUUGCAUGUAUCAGCACUAUAACACUAGGGGAAUGUUCCAUCAUGUAUUAGCACUAUAACACUAGGGGAAUGUUCCGUCAUGUAUGAGCAGAAUAACACUAGGGGAAUGUUCCAUCAUAUAUUAGCAGAAUAACAUUAGGGGAAUGUUCCAUCAUAUAUUAGCACAGUAACACUAGGGGAAUGUUCCAUCAUGUAGUAGCACAGUAACACUAGGGGAAUGUUCCAUCAUGUAUUCACCCUGUAACACUAGGGGAAUGUUCCAUCAUAUAGUAGUACAAUAACACUAGGGGAAUGUUCCAUCAUGUAGUAGCACAAUAACACUGGGGGAAUGUCCCAUCGUUGCUGCUCUUGUGUCAGGUUAAUUUCACUACAUUACAAAAUUACCUACUCAUUGUCUUGUGUAUUACAAUCAAUGUCAAGGUCAGUGUUUGGGGGAAGUGAGUACAAAUGACAACCUACUCAGAUAAAUUGCAUUUAUGUUUUUUUAUCAUUUAAAUUUAAAGGGGCAAGUGUCAUUCAUUACUAUUUGUAGAAAAAGCAGCAGCAUUUUUAUUCUAAUAUCGGCCUACAUAAAUAGCGUGGUUCUCAUACACCCGGCUGAUGACCGGUGGUAAACAGUCAAGUCUGCCAGGACCAGCGGUGCGAGUGUCCAAGUGAUGUUGACUGGUGAGUUGAACACUUUUCAGCUUUCCUGGUGGCGACCUACAGUGGAACACCCGCGAUGCAUCCUCACCAGUGGUGGUGUUCUCAUAACGCCAACAGAGACUGCUGGUGGGUGACUGCAGGCUCUAUGAGAACCAGGCCUAAAUCUCAACAUUGUCAGAUGUGUACCAAUAACUGUUGUACGUAGUUUUUGCCCCAUAAUUUAAAUGGAAACAAAAAGAUGGAGAAAGAAAUUACUUAAAGUCACUGUGUCUGUAACGUCAUAGUGCCUGUAACGUCACUGUGCCUAUGACGUCACUGUGUCUGUAAUGUCACAGUGCCUAUGACAUCACUGUGUCUGUAACGUCACUGUGCCUAUGACGUCACUGUGUCUGUAACGUCGCUGUGUUUGUAACAUCAUGGUGCCUGUAUCAUCAAUGUGCCUAUGGUGUCACUGUGUCUGUAACGUCAUAGUGCCUGUAACAUCACUGUGUCUGUAAUGUGACUGUGUCUGUAACGUCAUUGUGUCUGUAACGUCACUGUGCCUAUGACAUUACUGUGUCUGUAGUGUCAUAAUGCCUGUAACGUCACAGUGCCAGUAACGUCACAGUGCCUGUAAUGUCACUGUAUCUCACUAUUAUACUCUGACACUGUACUUGAGAUUUGGAAUGUGACAACCUUUACCAAGUAUUACCAGCCAUGUGUACAAAUUGUUUUCUAUCAGAAUUCAGGUGUUGUUUUGUGUCAUGUGUAAAGCCUGAAAAUUUUGUUAUGAUAGCUAAUAUUUUGGGAUCUAAUAUACUCUUUGCUACAUUCAUAUAUUGAUAUUAAUAAAUACUUGGUAUUUUGUGACUUUUUGAUUACCUGAUCAUUGUUGAUACUGCUGUAUGUAUUGGGAUGGUAUCCUUACUCGGGUUUUAAAAGGUUGUCUUUAUCUUACUGUUAUGAAAGGUGGACUGGCUACUUGACAUAAUUGUAUACAUAAUACAUGUACACACAUAUCGGCCCUGCCCAGCGUUGCACAUAUGUGCUCAAUGCAUGUAACAGCUGACUUAACACACCAACAACAAAAUACCCAGCAUACUUUGAAGACACGAGCAAGUUUUUGUCCUGCAAAACACAAGCCAACUGUGACAUAAAUUCCUGAUUUGUGUGCAACAUUUGAUGACUUACUAACUGUGUACAUGGCCCAGGUUUAGAUGCAUGUUUUUAAAUUGUUCUACUAUACAUGAUGUUAAUUUAUUCCCAGCCUAGGAUAGGGGAUUUCGUAGUUUUCUCUACCUUCGCUGUGUUUAGGCUUUGGAAUGUACUUUUGAUUGGUGUUUUAUUUGAUUGGUGAAGAACUCAAGAAUAUUUCACUUAUACAACAGCCAGCAUUAUGGUGGGAGGAAACCGUGCAGAGCCAGGGGGAAACCCCAUAACCAUUUGCAGGUUACUGCCAGACCUUCCUGUGUGGAUGUACAUGUGGUAAGAGGUCAGCAGCUAUUGUUCUUAUCAGUAUUCAGUCGAUAGCUUCAGGUAUCAGGGGGAGUUUUCCCCACCCAUAAAUGUGGUAUUAAGCACCAAUCAGCAACAAGAUAGGAGUAUACAAUUGAGUUCCUCAAAAUGUGCAAGUGAGUGUCUGCAUUUGCGUGUCUGAAGGUGUGUGUGGGCAUGUGCAAGUACAUGUGCGUGUCUGAAGGUGUGUGUGGGCGUGUGCGAGUGCAUGUGCGUGUCUCAAGGUGUAUGUGAAGUUUACUAAAUGUACACAUGUAGAUGUUGAUUGUGCAGGGCAGCUUGUAUCAGAACUACAGAGCUGCUUUUCAUAGCUGGGUUUUGAUUGUUUCCUUAUGUCUCCCAAUGUUUCUUAUACAGUGUAUCUUGUCAAGGGCCUCCAUGUAGUUUGCACAUGUAUAUACUGUAUAGUGUAUGUAUGAAAUGUGGAUUUGACCAGUUUUAUCGUCUGCUAAGUGUUGAAAAUCCAGCUAAUAUCUUACCUGUUUACAUUGUAAAGUGGGAUCAAACUUAAAUUAUGAUAUUCCGAAAUAUGGGUAGUAUGUGUGUAGCCAUAGAGAGAACAUGUAACAAGAUAAUCCUGGAAUGUCUGAGAACAGUUUACUGCUGUAGUACAUGUAGAUACUGGUAACCUGUAAGUUGAGGUUGUGUACAACAUGUAACAAGAUAAUCCUGGAAUGUCUGAGAACAGUUUACUGAUGUAGUACAUGUAGAUGCUGGUAACUUGUGAGAUGAGGUUGUGUACAACAUGUAACAAGAUAAUCCUGGAAUGUCUGAGAACAGUUUACUGCGGUAGUACAUGUAGAUACUGGUAACCUGUGAGAUGAGGUUGUGUACAACAUGUAACAAGAUAAUCCUGGAAUGUCUGAGAACAGUUUACUGCUGUAGUACAUGUAGAUACUGGUAACCUGUGAGAUGAGGUUGUGUACAACAUGUAACAAGAUAAUCCUGGAAUGUCUGAGAACAGUUUACUGCUGUAGUACAUGUAGAUGCUGGUAACUUGUGAGAUGAGGUUGUGUACAACAUGUAACAAGAUAAUCCUGGAAUGUCUGAGAACAGUUUACUGAUGUAGUACAUGUAGAUACUGGUAACCUGUAAGAUGAGGUUGUGUACAACAUGUAACAAGAUAAUCCUGGAAUGUCUGAGAACAGUUUAUUGAUGUAGUACAUGUAGAUACUGGUAACCUGUAAGAUGAGGUUGUGUACAACAUGUAACAAGAUAAUCCUGGAAUGUCUGAGAACAGUUUACUGCUGUAGUACAUGUAGAUACUGGUAACUUGUGAGAUGAGGUUGUGUACAACAUGUAACAAGAUAAUCCUGGAAUGUCUGAGAACAGUUUACUGCUGUAGUACAUGUAGAUACUGGUAACUUGUGAGAUGAGGUUGUGUACAACAUGUAACAAGAUAAUCCUGGAAUAUCUGGGAGCAGUUUACUGCUGUAGUACAUGUAGAUACUGGUAACUUGUGAGAUGAGGUUGUGUACAACAUGUAACAAGAUAAUCCUGGAAUAUCUGAGAACAGUUUACUGCUGUAGUACAUGUAGAUACUGGUAACCUGUGAGAUGAGGUUGUGUACAACAUGUAACAAGAUAAUCCUGGAAUGUCUGAGAACAGUUUACUGCUGUAGUACAUGUAGAUACUGGUAACUUGUGAGAUGAGGUUGUGUACAACAUGUAACAAGAUAAUCCUGGAAUGUCUGAGAACAGUUUACUGCUGUAGUACAUGUAGAUACUGGUAACUUGUGAGAUGAGGUUGUGUAGACACAAAGAGAACAUAUAACAAGAUAAUCCCGGAAUGUCUGAGAACAGUUUACUGCUGUAGUACAUGUAGAUACUGGUAACUUGUAAGAUGAGGUUGUGUACAACAUGUAACAAGGUAAUCCUGGAAUGUCUGAGAACAGUUUACUGCUGUAGUACUUGUAGAUACUGGUAACUUGUAAGAUGAGGUUGUGUACAACAUGUAACAAGAUAAUCCUGGAAUGUCUGAGAACAGUUUACUGAUGUAGUACAUGUAGAUACUGGUAACCUGUGAGAUGAGGUUGUGUACAACAUGUAACAAGAUAAUCCUGGAAUGUCUGAGAACAGUUUACUGCUGUAGUACAUGUAGAUACUGGUAACUUGUGAGAUGAGGUUGUGUACAACAUGUAACAAGAUAAUCCUGGAAUGUCUGAGAACAGUUUACUGCUGUAGUACAUGUAGAUACUGGUAACUUGUGAGAUGAGGUUGUGUACAACAUGUAACAAGAUAAUCCUGGAAUAUCUGGGAGCAGUUUACUGCUGUAGUACAUGUAGAUACUGGUAACUUGUGAGAUGAGGUUGUGUACAACAUGUAACAAGAUAAUCCUGGAAUAUCUGAGAACAGUUUACUGAUGUAGUACAUGUAGAUACUGGUAACCUGUAAGAUGAGGUUGUGUACAACAUGUAACAAGAUAAUCCUGGAAUGUCUGAGAACAGUUUACUGCUGUAGUACAUGUAGAUACUGGUAACUUGUGAGAUGAGGUUGUGUAGACACAAAGAGAACAUAUAACAAGAUAAUCCCGGAAUGUCUGAGAACAGUUUACUGCUGUAGUACAUGUAGAUACUGGUAACUUGUAAGAUGAGGUUGUGUACAACAUGUAGCAAGAUAAUCCUGGAAUGUCUGAGAACAGUUUACUGCUGUAGUACUUGUAGAUACUGGUAACUUGUAAGAUGAGGUUGUGUACAGCAUGUAACAAGAUAAUCCUGGAAUGUCUGAGAACAGUUUACUGAUGUAGUACAUGUAGAUACUGGUAACCUGUGAGAUGAGGUUGUGUACAAAAUGUAACAAGAUAAUCCUGGAAUGUCUGAGAACAGUUUACUGCUGUAGUACAUGUAGAUACUGGUAACUUGUGAGAUGAGGUUGUGUACAACAUGUAACAAGAUAAUCCUGGAAUGUCUGAGAACAGUUUACUGCUGUAGUACAUGUAGAUACUGGUACCUUGUAAGAUGAGGUUGUGUACAACAUGUAACAAGAUAAUCCCGGAAUGUCUGAGAACAGUUUACUGCUGUAGUACAUGUAGAUACUGGUAACUUGUGAGAUGAGGUUGUGUACAACAUGUAACAAGAUAAUCCUGGAAUGUCUGGAACUUACCCGUCGUAUGAUAUGACAGUCAUGUGAUAAGUGUGAUGUUUAUUAUUUUUUUUAAAACUUUGCCGUCAUGACUUUAAUAACAUGCUUAUGCCAGACCUACAAUGUACAUGUUGGCAGUGAAAUGUUGUGUACAGAUAUCUCUGUAAUAAAAUGAUAAUGAAGCCACUGGCUAUUUUUGUAUACUACUAUGGUUUUUAUGUAUAUUGACUAUCAAAGAUCUUACCUCAAAUGUUGAAUCCCCCCUCCCAUCUCCCAUGCUCUGUGGUUUAAAUCUCAUGGUUGGUAAAAAAACACAGGUUAAACUAUAUCUGCAUGUGCCAGCAUGUGUAGGACUGGCGGUAGAUAUACUAUAACUGUAUUAUAAAAGUUUCUACGGAGCCUGUAUGUUACUGUUUUAGAGUUUAUAACAUUGUUACAUUACUACACACUAACAUGACCCAUGUAUAGAGCUAGUGACUUCAUCAUUAUCUUCAUGACUGUAAAACAAUUGUUUCUCAUGCCAUACCUUGUCAGGUGUGAUCAUUUUAAAAGUGUGCUUGUUGGUGGAAAGUAUUAAAUAAUGCUCUUGUUGAAUUUAAGUUGUAGCUAUUGAAUCCAAUGUAUUGUUACAGUGUCAGUCUUUUGUUCAUUAUAGAUUGAAACAAUAGUUGUCUAUACUUUUUAUGUUUAACAUCAUGAAUAAAUGUUUCGCUUUCAUGGUCUAA